CAGCACCUAAGAGUAGUCUCUCUGUCCCUACCUUCCUUCCUCCUGUUCUCCUUUACUCCUAUAUUAUCUCUGUCACUCCCUGAACAGUUAUUCCCAACUCCUUGUGCAGAGCUAGACGCCCAUGCUUUCCUCAUGCCCUUCUCCCUGUGACUCAAUGCCCAAUAGGGACCCGGAGAACCACAUGAAGCAGGUCCAGUGGGCUUACGUUAUUGAGAAAAGGACAUCCAAAGAGGAGCACUCAAAGCCCCAGAUGGAUUCUUCCAAAGCUCCAGGUCCAAAGGCCCGAAGACCAAGCCGCUUGACAGUGAAGUAUGACUUGGGACAACUACAGACGUGGCAAGAGAUAGAGCAGUGGGUGGAUUCCCAGCUUCAGGAGCUGUACCAGGAGCGAUUGUCCUCUGUGCCUGAGUUUGACCUAGAAGACUUCAUUGAACUCUCCACGGAAGAACAGAAAAGCAAACUGCAGGUGAUUCUCCAAGAGUGUGUCCGUCCUACAGAGAUCUCAGCCGACUAUGGACCCUGUGGGCCUCACCCUUCCUGCCUCCCAGAGCCACCCCCUCGACCUUGCGGCUUCGUGUGUGGAGAUGGGCGGCACACCCCCUCAGGACUCAUGGGCCAGCGACAUGGAGGAUGAAAGAUGUCUGGACACUGUCCUAGGGGAUAUGGUGCAGAAGCAGCUUUAGCAUCUUAGCAGACCAGCUGGGCCUCCCCAGUGACUGGACAAAUGACCCUGGGUCGGUGUGUCUGGGGUUCUUUGACAAGCCCCUGACUCAUGUUUUGAAUCUGGAAGGGUAAAGCCCAUGGAAAAGAUAUCAGUGUGGAGUUUUAUUGGCCCAGAGGGAAAUGGGGUGAAAGAUCAUUGGCUAUUUGUAGCAAAAGUCCAGAUGGACGGCACAGGGCUACGUCUGUCACUGUCCCAGCUUUACAAUUGUUGUAGGACUUGACCUUUACAACAACCUUGGGAAGUAGGUGCUAUUAUUAUCU